CCGUUAUACGUUUCCGCCUCCCCUCCGCCCGCCCGCCCUCCCUCCUGUCGUGCGCGUUCAGCAGCAGCUCCUCAGCGUGGUGAGCGAGCUUCUUGUCGCACGGGGGCCACUUUCUUCAGCAGAUUGCGACUGGGAUCGGCUGCUGUCACGCGCCGUUUGGACCCGCUGCCGAACGAGCCUCGAACCGGUAUCGACGUGGACGUGGGCAAGAUUGUGUGACUGCCCACCUGCUCUACCCUACCUCACCUGCCUGCGUGCCUGCGUGUCUGCCUGCCUGCGAUCGGGCGCCUAGGAGGUUGCUGGUGAUUGAUUCCUGUUGCCUUUUGCUGCUGCUGCAGGCGCGAGCGGGCGUGCUCGUUCAUACCCUCCCGCUCCUUACCCACUGGGCUGCACUCCCAACCGUGUCAGGCUUGCGCUCCUCGCCCAGAUACUCCCUUACCUACUCCUCAUCGCAUCUUCGUUUCCCACGACACGCUCUCGUUGAAAGCAACCGGCCGGCCCUGCUACGACCCGCGGACCGCCAGCAGCGCUAGGAGCUAUCCUUCUACCAGAUAAGAUAGCAUCUACUGUCCUGUACCGCAGAUUCGCUCUUCCGCCUGCAGCACGCACGCGCAGACGCGCCUGCUGCUUUCAGGAGGCCAACAACGGCUCCCGUCCGUUCCCAUCGACACGUGCGGCGCCUGCACGAGUGCAGUGGGGUCGCCCACGAAGCAUCCACCUGCUAUCUCACACGCCUGCAUUGAGCAUUCCGCAGCGCCCCUCCGCCAUUCACCGCCUGCCCUGACACCAUGUCCGCGGCAGUGCAGCAACAAAGCGAGCGCUUUGCAUCUCCCACUGCCCAAUUGUCGACGUCUCCACAGCCUGCAUCGCGACGAGCCGGUCAAUCGAACAAUGCGUCCUUUCCCAAUCCGCCGCCGACGCAGCAGGGCACGAUGAGUACCUCGACCUACCAGCAGUUCUAUCCAGAAACGGGGGCACCAUUGACCACGCGCCCCAUCUCACAACAAACGCCCACGCACGCGUCGAAGACACAAUCCGCCCACAAUUAUGGCAGCGGAAGUGAUCGAGAUCACCAGGGCAGCGACAGCGAGCGAAGGAGAACACAACGAGCAUCGCAACAACCGCAAGAACCGCCUGGGAGCGGGCGGAGUCAGCGAACGACGCGCAACGCGCCAGCGCCGAGCAGAUCGCAGACGUCAAUGGGUCAGCUGCCCGUGGGAGCUGACUUGCCCCGCGAGAACAGCGCGGUCAUCAAUCGCAUUGUAGUGGACGAUCCACAGACUGAUCGAGCGAGAGAAGAAGCGCGCAAGGCUGAAGCCCUCCCCAACAACCCUGUCUCCCAAAUGGCAGGCUUGUCGUUGGAAGCCGCAGAGCCCGCCUCUGUACCACGAAGCCGGCAAGAACACUUGAAGCACGCCUCCUCCAACCGGAAAGAGGUCAAGUUUGGUGACUAUAUCCUCGGUCAGACCAUUGGCGAAGGCGAGUUUGGCAAGGUCAAGAUGGGGUGGAAGAAGGAUUCGACGGUCCAGGUCGCCAUCAAACUGAUACGAAAAGAGAGUCUGGCGGGCAACAACACUCGACUUCCUAAGAUCUACCGCGAGAUCUCCAUCCUUCGCGAAUUGCAACAUCCUAACAUUGUCCGCUUACAUGAGUUUGUCGAAACAGAACGACACAUGGGCAUAAUACUCGAGUAUGCCUCUGGAGGCGAAUUGUUCGACUACAUCCUCAACCACAGAUACUUGAAGGACCCAGCAGCUAGGAGGCUGUUUGCCCAACUUGUGUCCGGUGUGGGCUAUCUCCACAAGAAGGGCAUCGUCCACCGUGAUCUCAAACUGGAGAACCUUCUGUUAGACCGCAAUAAGCACAUCAUCAUCACUGACUUCGGCUUUGCCAACACAUUCGACCCUGCCGACGAGCUGAGCGAAGACGCAGAAGGGAGAAUCUCCGACAAAGACUAUAUCAAACGCCACGGCUUUGACAAGGUCAUUCCCUGGCAAGACGGUCGAGAAGGCGGACAUCGGAGAGGUGAUUUGAUGCAGACGUCGUGUGGAAGUCCAUGCUAUGCUGCUCCUGAGUUGGUGGUCAGUGAUGGACUCUAUACAGGUCGCAAGGUGGAUGUCUGGAGUUGCGGCGUUAUUCUGUACGCAAUGCUAGCAGGCUACUUACCCUUCGACGACGAUCCCGCAAAUCCCGAGGGAGACAACAUCAAUCUCCUCUACAAAUACAUCGUCAGCACGCCGUUGACCUUCCCCGAAUACGUAACACCACAUGCUCGCGAUCUUUUACGACGGAUACUGGUCCCAGAUCCGAGGCGGCGCGCAGACUUGUUUGAAGUAGCUCGGCACAGUUGGCUGAGCGAAUAUACGCACGUCGUGGGCUUCAUCGGCAGCAAGGUGAAGAGCGAAGGAGGCUUCGUAGACGCCACCGAGGAAGAUUCGCAACUCGGACGCAGUGCUUCAGUCAGGGAGCCUUCGAGCAGACCAAUAGCAGAAAGAGCAUCGUCAUCGCUAGCGCCCAGGCAUGCGGGAGCAGCAGGCAUGGGCGGCGAUGAUGCUAGCGACAUCAGGAAGCAGCAGAGAGACGCCAAGCGUAGGACGGUGCAGGUCGAAUAUGUGGCCCCUCAAGGCGCGACCGCGCGUGGCGAGGCAAGCCCGGAAUCUGUCAGUCGAAGACCACUCCCCAUCACAGCUGUUGCUGGACCGGGUAAAACUCGGGCAAGGACGGAUGCGCAAGGUCCAGUGGAGGUUGCGCCGCAACGAAUCGACACUACAAUGCAGCCGCCUCCAUCUCGGUCGGGUCGAGACCAAGGCAGGGUGGUCUCAUCUGAUCAAAACGGCGGAUAUGCUGCAUCUGCGGCCAACGCGAUCCCACGACCCAAUACAAGCGGGACACUGGGCGGUACGUCUCGAUUACCAUCACGUGGCAACUCUUACAGUCAGCCUGCUGCUGCUCAGCCAACGAACACUACCGCCACUGGGUCGUUCUCGCAGCCCAAGUCCAGCUCAGGCUACAUCAUAGCAGGUGCAGGUCCAGUCGCCUCGGAUCCAGGAGAGAUGGAUGUCGAUGGAAGACCCCAGAGCGCGCGAACGCCUUCUGGUGGCCGCCAACAGCCACCACAACGGCCAUAUACAGACGGCAAGCCAUCUGGACAUCGACGGAGCAGUACUUUAGGCAGUCUUGCGGACAAGGUCUUGAAUCGCAGCACUUCCAAGCGUCAAUCCCAGCCACAGCCACAGCAACAAGACACUGGCAAUGGAGCUCACAGCAGCGAAAAGCGUAAUCGGAAGUACCCUCCUGUCAGCAUGAAGAAUGCGAUGCCGUAUGGGGGCAGUGACACGACGCCGCGGCCAUCCACUGACAGCCGACGACCCAGUUUCAGCAUAGGCCGCAAACCCUCCAAAGACGGCAGUGUCACAGGUCGAAGGUCGUCCCGUCGCUUCUCGUGGCUUCCAGGUAGUCUUAGCAUGAACAACUUCGCUGGCAAAAAGGCCGAAGGGUAUGACUCUGGCGGCGAUGAUGGUUAUCAGCCAGUUCAGUCACAGCAGCCCGGCAGAGGGAGACCAGAAAACCACGGCAUACCAUUUGGCCAUGGUGCUACCGACAGCCCGCAGGCCACGCAAGAUAGCAUACCGCUCUACCAGGACGAGGACAGGGACAAGUACCGUGAGCGUGCAAGUGGCAGCAACGCGCCCAGCUCGCAGUUCAACAAAGCGCUCCCACCAUCGCCUGCACCAUUCCCACCUGUUACCCGCAAGCAGUAUCGGGAUGAUGGCUAUGGCGGUAACCGCCUCGAGACUGAGCCCCCUGAACGAUUUUACACUCCAGAUCUUGGCGUUUCCGAUGCGCCCAGCGCCGAGCAAUACAACAUUAGUAGCAAUGGCGAAUGGCAACCUGCAUCACAAUCACAACUGUCGCAGGUAUCGCCCGAGUCUACGCGACGCCGCGACGAGUCAUUGCGGCCUGCACAGCGUCGCUUCGCGGACGGUUACGAACAUGGACAUGGUGGCAGCUCGAGCGCGACCCGCAAAGUUAUGGAUUUCUUCCGCCGCCGAGGUCGAGAGCGGGAGACAUAGGAGUUUCCCGUCGUUCGCCGCCUCAGUGGCAGAAAACGUGGGCCCAGUGGAUACGCAACUGAUGGUGCUGCCAACGCAUAGAAAGUCCUUGCGAGGACUCUAGCAAGCGUCCACUGCGUGGAUUUUUAUGACGUACAUGGGGCAUCAGCAAGCGCGCUGGCGGGCUUCCUUGUGCCAUCAGCGGAGAUGCUGACUCCGUCGGAAGGCAACACGGGAUGGGCCAGCCCAGGAUGAGUGUUGUUUCUUCACAUGAUCUGCAUGCUCUUGGAGGUUAUUCGAUUCAAACUGUAAUGCAUUGUGAGUGUAAUCUAAUAGUGUUCUCGGGAGGGCCAUGGAUUCAGCAGCACAAGCGACGGCGUUUUAGCAAGCAAGGCAAGGGAACUGUUUUUUCAGUGGCAUGUAUUAGUGAUAGACGCGAGUAUAAAUGUCUAGGGUGUGAACAGAAGGCAGCACCUCCUUUUUU